AACGCCGACGCCGCCGUUAAUUCCAUCAGUUGUCUUGCGCACUUCGAUCGUAGCAGUUGUAAUCGCACGUUCGCUCUUCGCUCGCCGUGUUUACUAUAUCCCCGUGUGAUCGAUUCAGUGGAAUACAAAAAAAAAAAGAAAACAAAAGCCAUGUUGAAGUCAAUUCUCGUUUUCUCCUGCCUUCUGGUGGCCUUCAGCGGCGUUCACUGCGACGAUCUGAAAGUGGAUGUGAUCAGCACUCCCGAGAUUUGUGAUCAGAAAACCAAGAAUGGCGAUUCACUCACCAUGCACUACACGGGCACCCUUCAAGCCGAUGGCAAGAAAUUCGAUUCGAGCUUCGACCGCGACCAGCCCUUCACAUUCCAAUUGGGUGCCGGACAGGUCAUCAAAGGCUGGGACCAAGGUCUGCUGAACAUGUGCGUGGGUGAGAAGCGUAAACUGACCAUUCCACCACAGUUGGGCUAUGGCGAUCAGGGUGCUGGCAAUGUGAUUCCCCCCAAGGCAACGCUCGUCUUCGAGGUGGAACUGAUCAACAUUGGCAAUGCGCCAGCUACCACAAAUGUGUUCAAGGAGAUCGAUGAGAACGCUGACAAGCAGCUGAGCCGCGAAGAGGUAAUCGUCUAUGUCAGUGAGUAUCUGAAGAAGCAGAUGACUGCUGUUGAGGGUCAGGAUUCGGAUGAGCUUAAGAAUAUGCUGCAGGAGAACGACAAGCUAGUCGAGGAGAUCUUCCAGCAUGAGGACAAGGACAAGAACGGUUUCAUCUCGCACGACGAGUUCUCCGGUCCAAAACACGACGAGCUGUAAUUGCUUGGGGGCUAGGACAAGUGCUUAAGUUAUAUUUAUCUAUAACUAUCUUAUGUAUAAAUACAAUAAACAAUAACAACAACAACAGUAACAAGCAACAUCAACAACAACAACAUCGACAGACAAAUAAUAUCAGCAACAAAAAAACAUAUUCCAAAAUCGAGUGGACUGAGAUUAGCUUUCAAUAUCAUUCAUAUUUGUAUAUAUGCUCUCUCGUACAUCAAUACAUACCAUAUAUAUAUAUCAAGUAUCUAUCAACUAUAUGCAGACACACUCCAUAUAUAUAUAGUAGUAUAUGUCCACAAAAAAAAAGAAAUGUUAACUCUUCCAUUUCCACAAUUGAAAUCGGUUCUGUCUCGCUCAAUAAAAUUCCCUUCUAGGCGUAGUUAAAAUUGUGUGUGACGAAGGGUAGAAUAUGUGUUAUAUCUUUUUUAUAUACAUUUAUAGGUUGUUAUAAUCAAGUUUGUAACUUAUUUGUGUUGUGUCUGCCAACUGAAACAUUUUUUGUCAAAUUUGUGAACAAGUGUGCAACAGUAAAAUGAAUAAACAAUUAUCACAAUAAUUUAAUAAA